AUGUUAUGCAAAGUUUAAAUGAUGGAUGGAGACUCCUCAAGACUCCUCAAAUCAGGAAAUUCCAUGACAUUUAGCGACAUGAACAAGAAGAAACAGGUGCAAACCAAAGACCGAUCGAUUACUUUGAAAGCACACAGGUCCUUGUUUGGAAGAAUCAUAGUUAUUGUACAAGAACGAAGCUUGCAGAUGGAUACCAUCCUUUCACACCCUCUUGGACCACUUCCCUGGGCCUUGUCAACUCCAGAUGGCCUUCUGAGAAAGACCAACAAGGACUCCCUGGCAUCACUGUUACAGAAAAAUGUACAGUUUUCUGAGGAAGUUCCUGUAAAUUCUGCUGCAGUUACUGAUGGCAUGUCUCUGGUGCAAAGGCUAAAGAGAGAUCAACUGACCUUUGGUGAUGUCGCUAUGAAUGUCCUGUCUAUGGCAAUGAAAGAAGGGGUGUGGUGUAACAGAAUAGACGUAUUUGACACCUACAAGGAGCUAGCCAUUAAGAACAGUGAACGGCAACUGCGAGGUGAAGAGUCAGGACACCAGCUUGUUAACAUCAGUAGAACACAGAUUGUUAGGCAGUGGAGGAAUUUCCUGCCAAGAGUGAGCAAUGAGACGAGUCUUAUAACCUUCAUCGUCAAUGAGUGGAUGAGUGGAGAAAGGCAGCAUGCAGACAAAAGUUGGAGGAGAAACUGUUGUAUAGCAGUGUUGGUGAUACAUGCUACAGAAUCACCGCGGAAGGUAGUGAGGAAGUUCCAACACUGAAGGUCUCAACAGGUAGAGGCAGACGGACGCCUACUGCUCCACGCUUCCCAUGCAGCUAAUGAGGGCUUCAACUCUGUUCUUGUCUGUUCGGAGGACACUGAUGUGUUUAUCAUCUCCUUGGCAUUUAGCAAUGAGAUAGGAGUUUCUCUGUUCAUGAAAUCUGGGACUCGUACACGAACAAAAGGUUAUUGACAUUACAAAAGUUGCUUCCUCACUAGGACCAGAAGUGUGCAAAGGUGUUCUCGGAAUGCAUGCAUUCACUGGGUGUGAUGCUGUGAGCGCAUUUGCAGGAAAGGGAAAGGCAUAAACAUUGAAGAUAUUAAUGAAGAACACAACGAACCGAGAAGCGUUAACAGAGCUGGGAAAAGAGUGAGACCUAGCUCCUAAAUUAACAGAUAAAUUAGAGGAACUUACAUGUCUUCUUUACUCUAAUAACACGGUCACCACAAAAGUUAAUGAGCUGAGGUACCAGCUGUUUUGUUCAAGAAGAGGGGAGAUAGAAAGUCACCAGCUUCCUCCUUGCAGAGAUUGUCCUGUGAAGUACGCAAAGAAAGUUCAAAUUAUCAGAUUGCCAUAUGGAAACAGUGUUUAGAGAAAGACCCACAAGUUUCGACUCCUGUUGGACAGGGAUGGAAGAUCGAGCAUGAAGAUGGUGUUGCCAAGUUAGCUGUUGGCUGGAGAGACAUAAAAGCAACACCAGAGGCCAUACUUGAGCUAUUAGCGUGUAACUACAGAUAUGUGCAGGCUUGCUGAAUGUGAGAACCAAGGUUCUGUUCAAGAGAUCGAGAGUGCCGAUGAUGACGAUGGAGUGGGCAGUGAUGAGGAAUAUUAAAAGGAACGCUUAAGAAGUCUCGCAAGUGCUUCCUAUGUAUGCUGUCUGUGUAUGCCAACUGGUAAAUACAGAAAUCAAGCCACGUGACUGAUUUACUUUAAUGAUAUUCUUAGCUAUAUCCACGUUAAAGAACAUCAGGAAGAACGUCAGAAACAUUAAAAAGAGCAGGUUGAAUUAAAGUGGAUUGGAGUGACUCGUAGUACAGUCUUACAAUUGUCUGCCAUGUAAUAGUGUCAUUUUAAAGGCCCUGGUCACGUGUCCAAUGAUGUAAACGACGGGAUAAACUACACAAAAAUAUAAAAAUAAUAUUUGUAAAGCAAUCAUACUGUUGGGUAAGUGUUUUGCAGAUUUUGAUGGACAUUUAAAGCUAAUGAACACACAUAUACAUAUCAAACCAGCUUCAGCCUCGAUUCCACGCCCAAGUCGUGCUCCGUCACGUGACUGAUGAAAUGAACCAUUUACAAUUUAAAAAUGUAUGUGUGAAACAAUGGUACUGUUGUGUAUGUGUUUUGUUCAUUUUGGUGGACAACUGAAGCUACUUAAAGACAAAACAAGCUUCAGCCUCGUUCCCAUGCCUGAGCCAUACUUUAAAGAGCACUGUUAUCCACUAGCUACAAUAGAAUCAUUGCUAUCAUGCUUUUCCCCACUAUUUAUGGUCUAAUCUACUAGAAAACCACCAUAAACCUUAUUCACCCCGGAUGAUACCAACCAGCCCUACUGGCUCACGGACUAUAUAGGUUGUCGGUAGUAUUUCUACAAACUGCUGGUUGGCUUAAGCAGAAAAUUUUGAAAAUAGCGUUUGAGAGUCUGCGAGAGAAAUUCCAGUGAGAGUUC